AUGCGCCACGCAGCCUCCGAGUUUCAGCUGGAAGGAGAAUAUCUGUUGGGCGGACUGUUUGAUAUUCAUCAUGAUAGUUCUGCUGUUGCACAAAACAGACCAAAAGGAAUCGACUGCUCCAGUCGACCCUUGAUUCUGUCAAGCUAUCGGAGGUUUCAGUUGAUGAGAUUCUCAGUCGAGGAAAUCAAUAACUCCACAAGCCUCCUGCCAAAUGUAUCUCUGGGCUAUGAUAUAUUUGACCACUGCUCAGAUGCACACAAUUUCCCGGGCAUUUUGAAACUCCUCUCAGUCGAUGGCAUGAUCCAGCCUUGGAGCAAAGAACCCAAGAGCGUGUCCAAGGUGAUCGCGUUGGUCGGCCCUUACACAAGCCCUCAGGCCCUGGCGAUAGCCCCACUGUUCAUGAUGGAUCUCAUUCCUAUGGUCAGUUAUGGAGCUGCUAGUUCGAUCUUUUCAAGAAAACAGAAAUUUCCCUCGUUCCUCCGAACAGUGCACUCCAAUAAAGACGUCAUAGAAGUGAUCGUUCAUAUCAUGCAACACUUCAACUGGCGCUGGGUUGCAUUCCUUUACAUUGAUGAUGAUUAUGGAAAUGAUGGCCGGGAAUUGUUCAUGAAGAGGAUUAACAACACUGAUAUAUGCAUGGCAUACACCAAAGGCCUCAAUCAAUACACAGAUCACUCUCAAAUAUUCAGACAGAUAGAAAGACAGAAGAUCGGUAUCAUCAUUGUUUUUGCUCCUGAAUGGACUGCCGAAGCUCUCAUCGAGUCCGCUAUGCAACUCAAUGUCACGAACAAGGUGUGGAUAGCAGGGGACGCCUGGUCCUUAAACAAGAAGCUCCGCAGGAAGAAAGGAAUCAAACAUAUCGGAACUGUAAUUGGGGUUUCUGAGCCAAAAUUGACCAUUCCAGGUUUUAAGGAUUUCAUCUAUUCUUCCAAAAAACCGACUCAUUCUAAAAAUGCAAGACAAAAUGUGUUUUGUAGUCAGGUUAGCAACUGCAGCGGCUUGACUCCAGAAGAAGUCCUCGCUGUGGACCCAUCUUUUAAUGUUCCUGUUUAUUCUGCUGUGUAUGCCAUCGCUCAUGCCUUACACAAUACCUUGCAAUGUGAAUCAGGCAGGUGUAAUGGCAAUAUUACAGUAUACCCACAUAUGGUUCUCGCAGAGCUGAAGAAGUCCAACUUCACUCUUUUAAACCAAAGUGUUGCAUUUGAUGAGAAUGGUGACCCCAACUAUGGAUCCUAUUCGAUAGUUUUCUGGAACCAAAAUGGUGAUGCAGAGGAGAUUGGCUUUUAUCAUUUUCGCCCAACGAUCCAUUUUAUCAACAACAGCCAAAUCCAGUGGUACACAGAGGAGAACGUGCCUACUUCACUGUGUUCCCAAGAAUGUGAUGUAGGAUUUGCAAGAAAUCAAAUUGGAAUCCACAAAUGCUGCUUCAAUUGUCACAUCUGUGAGAAGGGAACUUAUAUCAACAAAACAGAGGAUCCCUACAGGUGCAUCAGCUGUCAGGAAACGGAAUGGUCUGAACCAGGAAGUACGUCAUGUGCUCUGCGGCUGGUGGAGUACGUCCCGUUCACAGACAGCGCGGCGAUGAUGAUCAUGGUGGCAGCCGGGGUCUUGGUGGGCCUCACACUCGCCAUGUCCGCUCUCUUUGCCAUCAACUUCAACACGCCUGUUGUCAGGUCUGCCGGGGGACCGAUGUGCUUCCUCAUCUUUAGCUGCCUCAGUCUGUGUAGUCUCAGUGUGUUCUUUUACUUUGUCCUGGGACGGAAACUCUCUGGACUACCCCGUGGGUCGCAGUGGUUCACGUUGGUGUUAGCCCGCCAGCACAAGCCCGCAGCGCGCAUACACUUAGCAGGUCGCACCGUUGAACCAGUCCCAGCGGCACAGCUGCUCAACCGCUCCACGCUCAGAAUCACACCCGAGCGAGAACACGCCUGCAAUCGGGAGCCUAUACCACCACCACGUUCGUCUGGGGGCCUUGCCAGGCGGAACGAGACACCCCCGGAAGCCCUGCUACGGUGA